CACCCGGCGCCCCCUCCCACGGGCCCCGGCGGGAGGCGGGCGCCGGGGGCCAUGCGGGGCCAGGGCCGCAAGGAGAGUUUGUCCGACUCCAGGGACCUGGACGGCUCCUACGACCAGCUCACCGGCCACCCUCCGGGGCCCACUAAAAAAGCGCUGAAGCAGCGCUUCCUCAAGCUGCUGCCGUGCUGCGGGCCCCAAGCGCUGCCCUCAGUCAGCGAAACAUUAGCCGCCCCAGCCUCCCUCCGCCCCCACAGACCCCGCCCGCUGGACCCAGACAGCGUGGAGGAUGAGUUUGAACUGUCCACCGUGUGUCACCGGCCCGAGGGUCUGGAGCAGCUGCAGGAGCAAACCAAGUUUACCCGCAAGGAGUUGCAGGUCCUGUACCGGGGCUUCAAGAAUGAAUGCCCUAGUGGCAUCGUAAAUGAGGAGAAUUUCAAGCAGAUUUACUCUCAGUUCUUCCCUCAAGGAGAUUCCAGCACCUAUGCCACCUUUCUCUUCAAUGCCUUUGACACCAACCACGAUGGCUCAGUGAGUUUUGAGGACUUUGUGGCUGGUUUGUCAGUGAUUCUUCGGGGAUCAAUAGAUGACAGGCUGAACUGGGCCUUCAACCUGUAUGACCUCAACAAGGAUGGCUGCAUCACCAAGGAGGAAAUGCUUGACAUCAUAAAGUCCAUCUAUGACAUGAUGGGCAAAUAUACCUACCCUGCACUCCGGGAGGAGGCCCCGAGGGAACAUGUGGAGAACUUCUUCCAGAAGAUGGACAGAAACAAGGAUGGUGUGGUGACCAUUGAGGAAUUCAUUGAGUCUUGCCAAAAGGACGAGAACAUCAUGCGAUCCAUGCAGCUCUUUGACAACGUCAUCUAGCCCCCCAGGAAGAGGGCGGGGGUGGUCCAUGUGUUUUAGGGGACUGUGCUCUGUCCCUAACCCAGGCAGACCUCACCCUUCUCUUCCUAGAUCUGUCCUCAUCCAAGCCUUACCUGCGGGGCUGUAGGGAUCCAAGAGCCUGGGCUUCAGUAUCCAGAUCCCUGGAGCUGAAGGGGCCAGAGAGUGGGCAAAGUGCAUCUGGUGGGUGUGCCCAAGUCCCAGCAGCCCUCUCCCCCUUACUACUUGUCUCCCAGUGUGGAGGGAGCCCCUGCUGUGGGAACCCAGUGGCUGCUCACCUCCCACCCCCACUCUAGAAAACCACAAGGCCAGAUGGAGUGUCUCCUGCUAUGGUGCUUCCCCCAUCCCUGGUCCCCUAAGUAUUUUCCCUAAGGCUGCUUUUCAGAGAGUGACUGUCUGUCCUCAGCACUGGCUGAUCUUUUCAGACCAGCCUGUGUAGGGGGACAAGAAUGUCUGAGCCGGUGGUUAAGUCCUAAAGUUGGCUGGGCUCGAGAACAUGGGCCUGGGCAGAUGGUGAAAGCUCAGGCAAGCUGAGUGGAGCUCCAAAGUUCCGCAGUCUGCCCCCCGGGGCCAUCAGAAUGUUUCUCUAAACAUUUCAGAAGGCCUCAUCUCCUUAAAAGCGUCCACAAAUUUUGCGUGCCCUUCUCAGUAUCCCAGGAGAACCUGGGAUCCAGCUUCUGGCUCAUCUCUAAUUUCUUCCCUGCCCUCCUUUGUGUGGAGGGGGCUGUGGCAGGGGCUGGUGGUGGGUGGGAGGAGCCCUGCUC